UGUACGCUGUAUUUUUUCUGUGUCAGCGCCACAGGGAGGGAGCAGUAGCGAUGAAUUGAAGCCAUGCCUUUGUUCAAAUCCUUGGCUUCAAACUCAUCAUCUCUUUUCUCCCCCAAGGACGCAAGAAUGGCUAUCCAAGCCUCUUCUUAUAAGGUUUUGUCACAAAGAACAGCAUCAUCUUUUAGGAGUAUGAAUUCAGUUAGCUUAUUGUAUUUAAGAGGAAGCUCUUCAGUUCAUGUUCCCUCCCUUUUAAGGACUGCAACCUAUUCUAGUUAUUCAAGUGAUAAUUCUUCUUCUUCUUCAAAGCGGCGAUCUCGUGGACCUGUUAUGGCAGCAAAGAAAGCAUCUGAAGCAGCAAAGCAAGAGGAUGGAAGAUACAAGCACACAGUUGAUCUGCCAAAGACAGCAUUUGGCAUGAGAGCAAACUCAACUUCAAGGGAGCCCGAAAUUCAGAAAUUAUGGGAUGAUAACCAGGUGUUCAAAAGAGUGGUUGAUAGGAAUAAUGGGGGAAAUUUCAUUCUUCAUGAUGGCCCUCCAUAUGCUAAUGGUGAUCUACACAUGGGUCAUGCUCUAAACAAGAUUUUGAAGGAUAUAAUUAAUCGUUAUAAGCUUCUUCAAAAUUAUAAAGUUCAUUAUGUGCCUGGUUGGGAUUGCCAUGGCCUACCAAUUGAGUUGAAAGUUCUACAGUCAUUGGAUCAGGAUGCUAGAAGGGAGCUCACACCAAUAAAGUUGAGAGCAAAGGCAGCCAAAUUUGCCAAAGCGACUGUUAAGAACCAGAUGGCAUCAUUUAAGCGCUAUGGAGUAUGGGGAGACUGGAAUAAUCCUUAUCUAACUCUUGAUCCAGAAUAUGAAGCAUCCCAGAUCGAAGUGUUUGGCCAAAUGGCCUUGCAAGGGUAUAUCUAUAGAGGCAGAAAGCCAGUUCACUGGAGUCCCUCGUCACGUACUGCUCUUGCAGAGGCUGAGUUGGAGUAUCCUGAGGGGCAUAUUUCAAAGAGCAUAUAUGCUAUUUUCAGAUUAGUGAGUGCACCUGUAACUUCAGGUACCUCAUUAGAGGAUUUUCUUCCAGAUUUAUGCUUGGCUAUAUGGACCACAACCCCUUGGACUAUUCCGGCCAAUGCUGCUGUUGCAGUGAAUGCUAAGCUUCAAUACUCUGUGGUAGAAGUACACUCACCCUUGGAAGAUGUUUCAAAGUCCAAACAGAAUGAGAAGGGAAGGCUUGGAAAUGCUCUGAAGGAACAAAAAAAUCUUUUUCUUGUAGUAGCAUCAGAUCUUGUACCAACACUUGAAGCAAAAUGGGGCCUGAAACUUGUCAUCAAGAAAACACUAUUGGGAUCAGAUCUUGAAAACUGCAGGUAUAUCCAUCCAAUAGACAAAAGGGAAUGCCCCGUUGUCAUUGGAGGAGAUUAUAUUACUACAGAAUCGGGAACUGGAUUGGUCCAUACAGCUCCAGGUCAUGGUCAGGAAGAUUAUGUAACUGGCAUGAAAUAUGGACUGCCUAUUCUUUCUCCUGUAGAUGAUGAUGGAAAGUUCACUGAAGAAGCUGGCCAAUUCAGUGGGCUAGAUGUACUUGGGGAUGGUAAUACUGCUGUCGUAAGAUUCUUGGAUGAGAACUUGUCUAUUAUCAUGGAAGAACCAUACAAACACAAGUAUCCAUAUGACUGGAGAACUAAAAAACCUACAAUAUUUCGAGCAACUGAACAAUGGUUUGCAUCAGUAGAAGGGUUCCGGCAGGUUGCUAUGACCGCAAUUGGCCAAGUAACAUGGAUUCCAGCUCAGGCAGAAAACAGAAUUUCGGCAAUGACCUCAAGCCGCUCUGAUUGGUGUAUUUCACGGCAAAGGACAUGGGGCGUCCCUAUUCCAGUCUUUUAUCAUGUACAAUCAAAAGAACCUCUCAUGAACAAAGAGACGAUUGAUCACAUCAAAUCUAUAGUAUCCCAAAAGGGUAGUGAUGCAUGGUGGUACAUGACAGUAGAGGAACUGCUCCCUGAUAAGUAUCGUAAUAAAGCCUCUGACUAUGAAAAGGGGACUGAUACAAUGGAUGUUUGGUUUGACUCAGGUUCUUCUUGGGCUGCUGUGUUGGAGAGCAGAAAUGAACUUAGUUGUCCUGCAGAUUUGUAUCUUGAAGGUACAGAUCAGCAUCGUGGGUGGUUUCAAAGUUCUUUGCUAACCAGUGUUGCUACAAAAGGAAGAGCUCCAUAUUCCAGUGUUAUUACACAUGGAUUUGUACUGGACGAGAAAGGUUUCAAGAUGAGCAAAUCUUUGGGUAAUGUUGUAGAUCCACGCACAGUGAUUGAAGGUGGGAAAAACCUAAAGGAAGCACCUGGCUAUGGAGCUGAUGUUCUGCGACUCUGGGUUUCAAGUGUAGAUUAUACCGGGGAUGCAAUGAUUGGGGCUCAAGUCCUUCGUCAAAUGUCUGAUAUAUAUAGGAAGUUGCGAGGAACUUUGCGAUACCUUUUGGCAAAUUUGCAUGAUUGGAAAGCUGAUAAUGCUGUUCCAUACUGUGAUCUUCCCAUGCUUGAUCGUCAUGCACUGUUUCAGCUUGAAAAUGUUGUAAAGAACAUCAGAGAAAGCUAUGAAAGCUACCAAUUCUUUAAGAUAUUCCAGAUCAUACAAAGGUUUGCCAUUGUUGAUCUAUCAAAUUUCUACUUUGAUGUUGCCAAAGAUCGACUCUAUGUUGGGGGCACAACAAGCUUUACAAGGAGAAGUUGUCAAACAGUUCUUGCAGCACAUCUACUUUCCAUCGUCAGAGUAAUUGCUCCAAUAUUGCCUCAUUUGGCUGAAGAUGUAUGGCAGAACCUUCCUUUUCAGUAUACAAAUGAAGAUGGUUCUAUUGCCGAAUUUGUUUUUGAAUCAAGAUGGCCAGCCUUGAAUGAGAAGUGGCUUACCUUUCCCACAGAAGAAAUUGAUUUCUGGGGAAAAAUUCUGGAGUUGAGAACUGAGACUAACAAAGUCCUAGAGGUGGCUCGUGGUGGGAAAUUGAUUGGUUCCAGUCUAGAUGCAAAAGUGUAUCUUCAUGCUUCUGAUGCCAGUCUGGCCCCCAGAUUGCGGGAAAUGUGUUCAACUAAAAAUGAUGCAGAUACAUUGCAUCGCAUAUUCAUAACAUCCCAGGUGGAGAUUCUUUCUUCUUUGGAGGAUGAACUGGUGAAAAAUACACCGUACACGGGGGAGUACCUCAUUCAAGGGAAGAACAAAAUCUGGAUUGGUGUGUCACGUGCGGAUGGCUCUAAAUGCGAAAGAUGCUGGAAUUACUCACUUCAAGUUGGUUCCUUUUCUGAGCAUCCGACACUCUGUGGCCGAUGUUAUAAUGUUGUCAAUGUUCAACUCCCUGCUAUGGCUGCCGUCAGCUGAGACAAAACCAACCGCAAAACUGAGAAUUACUCAAAUUUGGCCAAAAUUUCUGCUUCCGCAUCUUAAAUGCAGAAGUUAAAAAACCCACUUCUUAGAUGGCCAAAAAUCCAGUUUUGGCACCAUUGAGUUUAUAAGAUUCUGACUUUUAGUACCCAGCAGCCAAUAAGUUAUAGCACACUAUUCUUUGAUAAUGCAUGAUUCUGCAUUGACAUUUGAAAAAGAAGAGACAAAAGAUCACGAGUAAAUUGUACAAGUUGCUCUAGUUUGCUCUAGCUUUGUCCUCUGUUUUUUUCAUGGUUCGGAUUGAAACAGGAGUUUGAAGAAUUGGUACGAUUAUGCCUGGUUUAGUCUCUACACAUAAGGUAUACAGGCGCUACAAGGCUUCUACCUAAAUGAAACGAGUUCAUGUAGACAUGGAAAUUAAUACAUUAGAGAAAGAGUGGUGUAUCCCGAACAUUUUCUGUAUACAGCUGUUAUGUUUUAAAUCAGAUUUAAUAACAAUUUUGGUGGGUCAUUUGAGAAUA